UGCCCGCGUGUCCACCUGCCGGCGCUCGGACCCUAGGGCAGGGGAGAGGGUUGAGCCUCACAGUAACGUGGGACCAGAGUCCUAGCUGCCUAAGGGCUUUCCGAACUGCUGCUUUCAGUUCAGAUCUGAGUCUGCUCCCAGCCAACGUCUGGGACCCCCCACCCCCACCCAGGGAUUCCCGAGGGGGAUCCUGCUCAGCCUCCAUGAAUCUGCUGCCGCUGUUGCAAUCCUCCCUCCUGCUGCUGGUGCGUCUGCUGUGGCUGCCUGUGCCGGACGUGUCCGCCGGGGGACGGGACUGGCAGUGUCCCCGCACACCCUUCUCAGCCUCCCGAGACUUUGAUGUGAAGUACGUGGUCCCCAGCUUUUCCGUAGGUGGCCCGGUACAGGCCAUGACAACCUACGAGGACAGUGACCUGGGGAGCGCUGUGUUCGUGGCCACGCGAAAUCGCCUGCACGUGCUUGGGCCUGACCUGAAGUCUGUCCAGAGCCUGGCCACUGGCCCUGUCGGGGACCCCGGCUGUCAGACUUGUUCAGCCUGUGACGCCGGCUCAGGUCCCCACGGGCCACGGAGCGACACCGACACGCCGGUGCUGGUGUUGGACCCCGGGCUGCCCGCCCUGGUUAGCUGUGGUUCGAACCUACAGGGCCGUUGCUUCCUGCAUGAGCUGGAGCCUCGCGGGACAGCUGUACACCUGGCAGACCCAGCCUGCCUCUUCUCAGCCCACCGCAACGGGCCCGAAGACUGCCCUGACUGUGUGGCCAGUCCCCUGGGCACCCGUGUGACCGUGGUUGUGCAGGGCCAUGCUUCCUACUUCUACGUGGCGUCUUCACUGGACUCGGCCGUGGCCUCCAGCUUCAGCCCCCGCUCGGUGUCCAUCCGACGGCGCAGAGCCGAUGCCUCGGGAUUCCAGCCAGGGUUUCCCUCACUGUCGGUGCUGCCCAGGUACCUGGGCUCUUACCCUAUCAAAUAUGUGUACAGCUUCCGCUCGGGAGCCUUUGUCUACUUCCUGACCGUACAGCCCAUCAGCGUGGCAGGUCCUCCGGGUGCCCUGCAAACGCGCCUGGCCCGGCUCAAUGCAGAGGAGCCAGAGAUAGGUACCUACCGGGAGCUGACCCUGGACUGUCAUUUUGCACCCAAACGCCGCCGCCGUCAGGCCCAGGAAGGCACGCAGCCCUACCCAGUGCUUCAGGCAGCCCACACUGCCCCAGUGGGUGCCAAACUUGCUAUGGAGCUGAGCAUCAAAGAGGGCCAGGCAGUGCUGUUUGGGGUCUUUGUGACUGGCAAGGAUGGUGGCUCUGGCGUGGGCCCCAACUCUGUUGUCUGCGCCUUCCCCAUUAACUUGAUGAACACCCUCAUCGAUAAGGGUGUGGAUCGCUGUUGUGACACCCCAGUCUACCCAAACCUCUGGCGAGGCCUCGACUUCUUCCAGGCACCCAGUCUGUGUCCUAAUCUGCCUGGUCUGGAGGACGCCAGCCCCAGCAUCAGGUGCCACUCCUACCCUUUGCUAGUCAGCAGCAACUUGAUACGUGUGGACCUGUUCAGUGGGCUCUUAGGACCAGUGCAGGUCACUGCACUCCAUGUGACACGCCUUGGCAAUAUCACAGUGGCCCACAUGGGUACAGCGGAUGGGCGUAUCCUGCAGGUGGAGAUAGUCAGGUCACUCAACUACUUGCGGUACGUGUCCAACUUCUCACUGGGCAGCAGUGGGCAGCCUAUUCAGCGAGAUGUCAGUCGCCUUGGAGAUGACCUGCUCUUCGCCUCUGGGGACCAGGUCUUCAAGGUACCCAUCCAAGGCCCUGGCUGCCGGCACUUUCUCACCUGCUGGCGUUGUCUAUGGGCCCCGCGUUUCAUGGGCUGUGGCUGGUGUGAGGACACGUGUGGUCGGCAGAAUGAGUGUCCCGGAUCCUGGCAACAGGACCACUGUCCGCCUGAGCUUACAGAGUUCUACCCCCACAGUGGUCCUCUAAGGGGCAGCACAAGGCUGACUCUGUGUGGCUCCAACUUCUCCUUGCGCCCUGCUGGUCCGAUACCUGAGGGAACCCACCGGGUCACCGUGGGCCAAAGUCCCUGCCGACUGCUGCCUAAGGACAUCUCAAGCAUUGGUCCAGUGUCCCCCAAGGACUUUGUAGAUGAACUUGAGUGUAACCUGGAGCCGCUGGACACCCAGCCAGUGGGGACUACCAACGUCAGCCUUACCAUCACUGACAUGCCAGCAGGCAGAUACUUCAAGGUGGAAGGCACCUCUGUUCGAGAAGGCUUCUCUUUCGUGGAGCCAGUGCUAACAUCAAUACGACCCUACUUUGGUCCACAAGCUGGGGGCACCUGUCUCACCCUUGAAGGCCAGAAUCUGUCUGUAGGCACCAGCCGAGCUGUGUUGGUCAAUGGAACUCAGUGCCAGCUGGAACAGGUCAGUGAGCAGCAGAUUUUAUGUGUUACACCUCCUGGUGCUGGCAUGGCCAGGGUGCCCCUUCACCUGCAGAUAGGGGGUGCCAAGGUGCCUGGGUCCUGGACCUUUGACUACAGGGAAGAUCCCGUUGUUCUGAGCAUCAGCCCCAGUUGUGGUUACAGUGGCUCCCGCGUCACCAUCCGCGGUCAGCAUCUGACUUCAGCAUGGCACCUGGUGCUGUCGUUCCAUGAUGGGCAGAGGGCAGUGGAGACCAGGCAGUGCACAGGGCAGUUUCCGGAGCAGCAUCAGUGCCGCCUGCCUGAAUAUGUGGUCCGAAAUCCCCAGGGGUGGGUGGCAGGGAAUCUGAGCACCUGGGGAGAUGGAGCUGCUGGUUUCACAAUGCCCAGCUUCCGCUUCCUACCUCCACCCAGUCCGCCCAGAGUUGGCAUAGCCCCACUGAAGCCUGAGGAGCAUGCAGUUAAGUUCGAGUAUAUUGGGCUGGGCGCUGUGGCCGACUGCGUGAGUGUGAACGUGUCCGUGGGUGGCGAGAACUGCCAACAUGAGCUCCGGGGGGACGUGGUGGUCUGCCCCCUGCCCCCAUCCCUGCAACUUGCCAAGGAUGGCUCCCCACUGCAGGUCUGUGUUGAUGGUAGCUGUGACAUCCUGGGCAGAGUGGUGCGGCCAGGCCCAGGAGGGAUGCCACUGAAAACCCUCCUUAUUGUCCUGCUGGCCUUGAUUCUGAUCAUAGCUGCACUGGCCGUAGCACUGGUUUUCAACUCCUGGUGGCGGAAAAAGAAGUUAGUCCUUGCUCCCAACCUUGAUGAACUGGCAUUCCUGGACCACUCUGCUGGAGCCAUGAGCCUGCCCAUACUCCGCUCACACUCCGACUACAGAAAUGGCCUUGCACUCGCUGCCAUUGAUGAUCCGGAUUCCAGCCAGCCGUGCCGUGGAGAAUCCUCAGACAGCAGGGAUGGGGCGUGUGUUCCACUGCUGCGGACGGAGUCCAUUCGCCUCAAGGACCUGGAUACGAGGCUUCUGGCUGAGGUCAAGGAUGUGCUGAUUCCCCACGAGAAGGUGGUCACGCACAGUGACCAAAUCAUUGGCAAAGGCCACUUUGGAGUUGUCUACCAUGGAGAAUACAUAGAUGAGGCCCAGAAUCAAAUCCACUGUGCCAUUAAGUCUCUGAGUCGCAUCACCGAGGUGCAGGAGGUGGAGGCCUUCCUACGGGAGGGGCUGCUCAUGCGUGGCCUGCACCACCCAAAUGUCCUGGCUCUCAUUGGCAUCGUGCUGCCACCGGAGGGGCUGCCCUGGGUGCUGCUGCCAUAUAUGCGCCACGGAGACCUGCUUCAUUUCGUCCGUUCGCCUCAGCGGAACCCCACGGUGAAGGACCUCAUCAGCUUCGGCCUGCAGGUGGCCUGUGGUAUGGAGUACCUGGCGGAGCAGAAGUUUGUGCAUAGGGACCUGGCUGCUCGGAACUGCAUGCUGGAUGAGUCAUUCACAGUCAAGGUUGCCGACUUUGGUCUGGCACGUGAUAUCUUGGACAAGGAAUACUAUAGUGUUAGACAGCAGCAUCAUGCUCGCCUACCUGUCAAAUGGAUGGCACUGGAGAGCCUUCAGACCUACAGAUUCACCACAAAGUCUGACGUGUGGUCGUUUGGCGUGCUGCUGUGGGAACUGCUGACUCGAGGUGCCCCGCCGUACCCCCAUAUCAACCCUUUUGACCUCACUCACUUCCUGGCCCAGGGCCGUCGCCUGCCCCAGCCUGAGUACUGCCCCGAUUCUCUGUACCAAGUGAUGCAGCGAUGCUGGGAGGCUGAUCCAGCAGCACGACCCACCUUCAGAGCACUUGUGGUAGAAAUGGAGCAAGUAGUGUCCUCACUGCUUGGGGACCACUAUGUGCAGCUGUCCACAGCCUAUGUGAAUCUAGCCCCCGGUGCUUUACAUGAGGCCAACGUGCUCCCAGAACAGCCACUGUCUUCCUCUGUGAACAGGAACACGUCGCGGCCCCGGCCCCUCUCAGAGCCACCUCUGCCCACUUGACCUAAACCUACGUGGGCUGGACCUGCUUAGUGGCCUUGAGCUAACCCCAAGCUGCCUCUGGGCUAUGCCAGGCCAGAAAGCAUUAGAUCUCCAUCUUGUCCCUGCCCUUCAACCUUCAGAGGCCAGUGGAGGUGGGGAGCAGGACACAUUUAGGUCCCUAACUCCAAAGAGUGAGCCAGUGAAGGCAAGCCUUGUGCACUUAGGGAGCGCAUGCUGGGUACCUUGCCUGUGGAGCAUAGAGGACUCAGCAGUCACCACAGAGACGCUACCUGCCCUGUAACCACUGAAAAAAAAAA